AUGAUGGUAGAAUUCGAUGGCAGUAAUUCGAUUUCAAGUGUAAUUCCGUCUGAUCAAGAUCGUAAUCGUCUACCUGAAAUUGAUGACGUAGUCAAAUCUUCAAGUCGCACUUAUCAUCUAACUGCCAUAUUAGGUGAGGGUGGAUAUGGUAAAGUUUUUCAAGCGAUACAGAACGGAAAAAGUUAUGCAUUAAAAGCGGAAAAAUAUUCAAACUCAAUGCUGCACAUUGAAAUUACUGUUCUGAAAGCAGCACUCAAAAAAGGAGCUGAACACAUAUGCGAGUUGCACGAUUAUGGAGCUGUGAAACCAAACUUUGUUUUUAUGGUAGUUACGUUAUUAGGCAAAGACUUAUACAAAUUGCGUAACGAACAACCCAGUCGACAUUUUAGCAUUGGUUGCGCAGUUCGAAUUGGUAUACACACUUGUAAAGCCAUCGAAGAAUUGCAUGGUUGUGGAUUUCUUUCACGUGAUAUUAAACCAGGAAAUUACGCAAUUGGUUUGGAAAUUAAUAAACAGCACAAACGAGUAUUUCUAUUUGACUUUGGACUGGCGCGAAGAUAUCUCGACAAGCAUGGAAAGCAUCAGAGAUCUCGAGGUGAAAUUGGUUGGCGAGGAACAACGAGAUAUGGUUCUCUUAAGGCGCAUCAGAAAUUAGAUUUAGGAAGGCGAGAUGAUCUCGAAUCUUGGUUUUAUUGCCUAGUUGAAAUCACUUGCGGAGUAUUACCUUGGCGUCAUGUUUCUGAUCGAAACAUUGCUUAUCGAGGUAAAAUAAAAGCAAGAAAUGAAAACAGAAAAGAAUUUUUAUUGAACUGUCCUAAGCAAUAUGAUUUUAUAUUGGCUCUCAUUGAUCACUUGGAAUAUCCAGAUCAACCUAAUUACAGCGAUAUAUACAAACUUUUAGAUCAGGUUAGUGUCUACAACAUGCCAUUUAGGUUAUUGCUGUAA